CCCUGGACUGUCUCUCCCUGGACUGUCUCUCCCUGGACUGUCUCUCCCUGGACUGUCUCUCCUUGGACUGACACUCCCUGGAGUGACUCUCACUGGACUAACUUUCCCAGAACUGACUAACUGGACUGACUCUCAAAGGACUGAGUAUGACUCACUGGCAUCCCCCAGGGAUAACCGUUAUCCCCCUUUGACAUUUAAAUUUUUGACACGGCCAUGUCCCUUUUUCUGAACCCGUUCUUUUUCUAAACUCGGAAGCCGUGGACUGGAGGUGAGAGCCAGCGGGCGGUCAGCUCCUCACCAUGGUGUUGCCGCCCCCGGACAAACGCCACGUGUGCCUGACCACCAUCGUCAUCAUGACCAGCAUGGCCUUCAUGGAUGCUUACCUGGUGGAGCAGAACCAGGGGCCCAGGAAGAUCGGCGUGUGCAUCAUUGUGCUGGUCGGGGACAUCUGCUUCCUCAUCGUGCUGCGCUACGUGGCCGUGUGGGUGGGCGCAGAGGUGCGCACGGCCCGCCGCGGCUACGCCAUGAUCCUCUGGUUCCUCUACAUCUUUGUACUGGAGAUCAAGCUCUACUUCAUCUUCCAGAACUGCAAGGCCGAUAGGAAGUCCCUGGAGACGGUGGCCCGGAAAGCCUUGACUCUGCUACUGUCUGUGUGUGUCCCGGGGCUUUACUUGGUUCUAGUGGCUCUGGACAGCAUGGAGUAUGUGAGGACCUUCAGGAAGAAGGAGGACAUGCGGGGGAGGAUCUUCUGGGUGGCUCUUGAUCUUCUGGAUCUUCUUGACAUCCAGGCCAACCUGUGGGAGCCUCAGCGGACCGGCCUGCCCAUCUGGGCCGAGGGGCUGAUGUUCUUCUACUGCUACGUCCUCCUCCUCACCCUGCCCUGCGUCUCCCUCAGCGAGAUCUCCACGCAAGGGGAACACGUGUCGCUCCAGAAGAUGAUGCUCUACCCUGUCCUCAGCCUGAUCACCAUCAACGUGGUCACUAUCCUGAUCCGCGGGGUCAACAUGGUGCUGUUCCAGGACAGUAGAGUCUCCACCAUCUUCGUCGGCAAGAACGUGGUGGCGAUCGCCACGAAGGCGUCCACCUUCCUGGAGUACCGGCGUCAAGUGAAGGAGUUCCCUCAACCGCAGAACGCCAUGGCGUUGGAGCCGCAGCAGAACUCUGUGGGCCGCGGACAUACACCCCACACGUCGCACUCGCAGCCUCUGGCCAACUCCACCAACCUGCCCCACGAACCCUCGCCAGCACCACACAUGGAAACAUGACCCCCAGCACUGGACCCUCUGGACACCAGCGGAGCAUCUCCACCGCUGCCGUCAGUGACUAACUACAGUGACUAACUACAGUGACUAACUAGAGUGACUAACUACAGUGACUAACUAGAGUGACUAACUAAAACAGAACUUCUGGUGUGACUCGUUCUGUCUAUCCAGUCUCUGAGAGUUUGGUAUUAAGAGAGAUGUGGGUUUCAUGACAGGAUGCUAUUCUUCUGCCUAUCAAGCCCACUUGAACAACAGAGGAUUUAACAACUAGAGGUAUAUUUUCAGCCUCUGUCUGCCUGUCUGUCUAUUGGAGAAGGAUAAAGAUUCACCUUCUUGAUUCUGACAGGAGCGAACUGUUGUGGUUUUAUUUGUUUUUAAAUGAACAAUUUUAUUCUGCAGCUGAGUAAUGUAUGUUGUGUAACAGUAAAUUUUACAAUUUGUUCCUCUGAAUAUCUGUGAUUUUCUAAAACCCCUUUCGACUGUCCAUUGCGUGGCUUUUUUCUUUGUAGUCCUUAAAAAGGAGGUAUACCACUCGCCCUACAGAAGCACUAAGUUGAAGUGGAGAAAGAYAGGAUGGAGAGGAGAGGAAGGGAAGGAGAAAGGGUCAAUAAGAAGGGUGGCAGUAGAAGAGUGAAAUUCAGCCUCUGCUUUAAUUCUGCUGAGAAAGGAGCUAACUGGAGUCUGCUGACGCUUUACGACCAACUGGUCUGCUGCCUCGGUCAAUGUGACGCUUUACGACCAAAUGGUCUGCUGCCUCGGUCAAUGUGACGCUUUACGWCCAACUGGUCUGCUGCCUCGGUCAGUGUGACGUUUUAUGACCAAAUGGUCUGCUGCCUCGGUCAGUGUGACAUUUUACGACCAAAUGGUCUGCUGCCUCGGUCAGUGUGACAUUUGCUGACCAAAUGGUCUGCUGCCUCGGUCAGUGUGACGUUUUACGACCAAAUGGUCUGCUGCCUCGGUCAGUGUGACAUUUUACGACCAAAUGGUCUACUGCCUCGGUCAGUGUGACAUUUUACGACCAAAUGAUCUGCUGCCUCGGUCAGUGUGACGCUUUACGACCAAAUGUAUGCUAAAAGCACCAGAGCUCAGCACUAUACACUCUACUUGAGGCAGCCAACCGUGUGUGUGAUUCUGCGUGUGUGUGUGUGUGCUUGUGUGUGUGU